UUUACUUCCGACAUGGGAAUUCUACUUCCAACAUAAGAAUUCUACCCCAAAAACGAGAAUUUUACCCCAAAUGCGAGAAUUCUACCCUAUGUAUCUGUAAACACGUAAAUCUGCUCUGUAAACGUGUCAAAAGUAAAAUGCAAAUCUGAAACGAUGAACCUAUAAAUACGAGCGCAAUUUCAUUCCAAACCCAAAUCGAAAUCGGCGUUUAUUUUUAAGUUAUCGCGUUAGCCGGUGUCGCCCAAAUAAUGCUAGACACGGCCUAGAGCAACGGCACAACACCUGGAACAAAAGACGCACUCGAGGAGCACAGAUAACCAAACCGGAGAAAUGGGCCGCAGCCGGAGUCCCGCCUCGCCGGCGCACAGGAGACGCGAAAAGGAGCGAUCGGAGCGGAAGAAGCGCAGGGAACGCCGCUCCCGGGAAAGAGAAGCUAUCGGAGGAGUUGGACCUGGAGGCGCCGGCGGCGGCGGGAGCAGUCGGCGGGACCGGGAGCGCGACAGAAGCCGCGACCGGGAGCGGCGGGGCCGGCGAUCUAGAUCUCGCUCGAGGGGCACCGGAGGCGGCGGCGGCGGAAGCAGCGGCGGCAACAGCAGCUCCGGUCCAUCGACGUCGCGGCGAACGACAAGGAACAAUGCGGCAGCUGCCGACCGUCCCAAGAUCAACGAGGCCGAUCUGGAGGGUAAAUCGCCGGAAGAGGUCGAGAUGCUGAAGACAAUGGGAUUCUGCACGUUCGACACCACCAAGAACAGGAAGGUCGAGGGCAACGAUGUCGGAGAAGUGCAUGUAAUCUUAAAGCGAAAGUACCGCCAGUACAUGAAUCGCAAGGGUGGCUUCAACCGGCCGCUCGACUUCGUGGCCUAGCAGUCCUUGGAGCAGCUUGCAUCCGCAUCCUCGCAUCCGAAUCGCUCUGCCCAACUAGUUUGCUACGCUUUUUUUACUUGUCCGCGCCCAUACGGGCGACGGCGGACGAAGAGACCUGCAAUUUUAUGCAAUAGACCGGUUUACGAAAUUCUCUCAAAAUUUCCACUCAUCAAGCCUCACCACACUCAUCAUACCUCAAUUAGUUAUUUAGUAGUUUAAGCCUGAAGUGCGCCUUUGUUAUAAAAUUAUCCCAGGUUAAUUUUACAACAAAUCACCAUCUCUGGGGCUGAAAGCAAAUCCAAUCCUCUCGACCCCGAAGCAGGGGAGGAUUUGUGUAGAGAAUCUGCUUUCAGCUGCAGUUGACGGACGCAUGACGAUUGCUUUUUGAAUAUUUCAAAGUAAUUAACACAAUUGUUUUUGUUGACAUCUCGCCAUUUUGUACUAAUACGAAUUAACUGAAGGCCAGCCUGAAACCCGAAAUUCACAACAGCAAAAAUUUCCAAACACUCACACAGACAAUUACUUAAAGUAUUUGAAAACAGACAACCACAGCCCCACCGCCCGAGUCCCAAUCCCGAUCCAGAUCCUGAUCCCUGCCCGAACCACCCAUCAAUAUCCUCCAUACGCUGCAAUAGUACAACUUUUACAACCAAAUGAUAUAUAUUUAAUAUAUAUUGUAUAUAUACAAAAAACAACCAAUAAUAUACACACACACCACAAGUACCUUAUCCCCGAAACCCCACGAGAAUGAACCCCACAAUAGCCAUAGCAAUUUGUUGAAAGAAAUAUUAUUUGUUUAAUAAUCAAAAUGUUGUAAUUAAACCAGUUAAUUCCGAUUUAAAUCACAAGUGCCAACAGAUCGAUCAGGCAAACCAACGCUGAAGAUGAAUAACCUUUUUAUACAGCAAAUAUUUGUAUAAUCAUUUUGUAAUCUUUUUAUAUGUAUAUGAAUAUAGAAGCGACUGUUUGUAUGUCGCAACAACAGCAAGUAAACUAUAUUAAGCAAUAGUUACCACAGACUUUUUUGUUAAGCCCUUUGGAAAGAAAUAUGUAUUAGAAAAUUCAAGUCAUUUCGGCCACACACCACCCACACACUUUUUCAAUUAUUUGUAGUUGUAACACAUCAAGAAAUUGCAGGGAUUUUUUACUUAUUUCAUAUGCUCCUACAAUAAACUGAUAAUAAAAUUUGUAAACCAUUCACCAUAA